UACACGUUGCUGUAGAUAGGGAUCUGGUAUUUUCCAUAUGAAAUCGUUUUUCACAAUACUGGUUUCUAAAAGGGUUUUCUCCCGUGUGUGUCCUCUCAGGCUGCUUACAGUUAUGUUCAUAUGAAUCUCUCUUCAUAGUACUUACAGUUAAACAGUUUUUCCUGAGUGUGAUUCAUUGGCUAAACCAGCUGAGAAUUCCAUCCAACGUCUUGCAGCCCAAUCUCUGGCUGAAGACGAGGCUAUGAAGAGGAAUGUCAUCAGUGACACUUGUACCAUCUGCACCCACUGCCCUGUCAUCGACUCUGUGAUCGGUCUGACCAAUGGUCGAUGUCGACUACUGUACUCUUCUGCCGACUGCACCUGCAGACAGCUUAAUGGCCAGUACCUUGGUUUGUCCUGCACAUUCCGUUACAUGAAGGUUUUGAUCCUAUUUGUUUUGGUUGCCGUGGCAACGGCUAAACCAGCUGAGAACUCCAUUGAUCGUCUUGCCCGCUCUUUGGCUGAAGAUGAGGUAAUGAAGAGAGGCGUCACAGACACCCUCAAUAAGGUUGCUGAAGCCAUCUGCGUCCCCGUCAUGGACUCCGUGAUCGGUCUGACCAAUAGCGCAUGUGCUGUACUGUCCGCUUCUGCCGACAGCACCUGCAUACAACUUGCUGAUCAAUACCUUGGCAGCUUCCUCUCUGGUCUGUUCUCUAAACCUGUGGAAUCCAUGUGCCAAAACUUGGCACAACUUGCCUUCAACGAGUGCAAUAAAGGAACCGUGCAAAACCUCGCCGACAGUGUAUGCGCUAAACUAGCCGACUUACCUAUAAUCGGCUAA